GGGCUGAGAGAAAGAGAGAGACUGGGAAACGUUUCAGUUUUCAAAGUCUGUGAGUUUGAUCUAGGGUUUUAGACAGAGCUCUCUCUCCUUCCAAUUUCAAAACUGUGUGAAGAAGAAAAAAUGUCGAGGGUUUUCGGAGCUUGCAGGGUACUGAUGGCGAAGGCCGCUUCUUCCACCGGCGCUAAAACUGGUAGACAAGGUACUGGCAUUCUUAAGGUGGUUCCCGUUUCGAAGCCGCUCGCUAAUUUUAUUGGGGAAAACGAAGUCUCUCGCACAACUGCCGUCAAGAAAAUCUGGGAAUAUAUCAAGCUUAACAAUCUUCAGAAUCCGGUGAACAAAAGGGAGAUACUAUGCGAUGAGCAACUCAAGACGAUCUUCAGUGGGAAAGACACUGUCGGGUUCCUCGAGAUUUCAAAACUUCUGUCUCAACAUUUUCCUAAGUCUGCUUGAUUCCCACAUUGCAUUUUCCUUAGCUUCUAUUACUAUAUCAUCCAAGAAACGGUUCUUCUUUUUUUGUAUCUUUUUAUGGGUGAUCUUUAUUGGUUAUAUAUAGACUACCAGCCAGUUCCCAUCUGUCUUAGACGGUUUAUGUAUGGAUGAUGGUUCAAAGUCAAUUUAGCUAAUGGUGGUUUGUGUCUUGGAACUUUUUUAUCUCUACUAUAAUCUUCUUCCAUCUCAAUAUGGCAUGGACUCCUUCAC